AGAUGGCGUCGAGUCUUGCGGACGAAAUUGCAAAACUCACCAAUCCUGCACCCAAAAGUAUCGACCCAGAAGACGAUAUUUACACCGAAACAUCAGCGAAGGUUGCAGACAGGUUUGAAGAGUACGGUGAUGAUGAUGAUGAUGCUGAGUCCAGCCGCCCCCGACACCAACAGCCGGUGUUCCUCAGUAGUCUGGACUCCAGGUACGCAGGGAAGGCCACGUCUAGGAGUGCUCUACAGGACGACUGGGGACCGGACUACUCAGAUGAUGAAGGUGUGGAUCCAGGUCUUCUACAGGCUGCUAUUCAACCGGAGGGAACAGAUGAUGAUGAUGACGAUGAUGAUGACUGUGAUGAUAAAGAUGAUGAUGAUGAUGAUGAUGAUGAUGAUGAUGAUGAUGAUGAUGAUGACGUCAGCAGCCCACAAAAGGUCACAAAACAGAGUGACAUAACCUUUGACCCAGCUGGUGUGGACCCUUUCUCUUUCCAAGAUGAAGACAUGUAUGAAAGUGGUGACAACGAUGAAGACUCAGACGAAAAUGAAAGUGACGAAGAAGAAGAAGACGAGGAAGUAGAAAGUGAGAGUGAACAACAAGACAGUCAGGAACAACAAGAGUCAGAAGCUUGGUCGUUUUCAACACCACAAGACAAGACACAGGAUCUCGCAAAGGCUGCUGCCACCAAAUGUCAACUUGGUCUGUGGGACAGCCUGCUGGAGGGGAGGAUCAAGUUACAGAAGGCCCUUCCUCUGACCAAUCAGCUGCCACAACCAGACACCAAGUCAGAUUUCAUCAAAACUGGAGGUCAACCCUUCACUACUGCAGCAGAAGCAGGUGCAGCUUCCUUGAGAGGCCUACUAGACACCCUACUGGAACUACAACGAGAACUUCUGCACCAGAACCCAGAAACUUCUGCACUAGUAGGAAGCCUGAAUGGAAAAGCAGCAGAUGAUUCAGAUGAAGAAAUUACCAGUGAAGAAAGUGACACUGAAGAGAAAGAGAGAACACAGUCCAGGAAAAGACCACAUGAAGACAGCGGAGACUAUCCAGAUCGUCUGCAGAAGAGACACAAACUUACACAGGAGUUCAACCUCUCCACUAUUGAGAAGUGGAGCGAGAAGACAAAACUGUCCAGUGGCAAGUACAACAGCAAGGCCUUCAGCUCCUUUAACAAGUCCGUGCGCGAGCAGAUAGACCAGAUUCUGGGAGACCAGGACAGACUGGUGAAGAGGACACAGCUGAAGAGGUCGUCCUACAAGGUGCUGGGGAGGGGGGCGGACAAGGCUGGGGAACAGGAGGUUCCUGCCAAACUUAAUCCACACCUGAAGGAGUACAAUGAAAAAAUAUUUGAUGAUGAUGAUUUCUACCAUCAGUUACUGCGAGAGUUGAUAGAGAGGAAGACGACGAGCGAGGACCCGACAGAGCUGACCAAACAGUGGCUGGAGGUGCAGAAACUACGCAAGAGGGUCAGGAAGAAGGUCGACACACGGGCGUCCAAGGGGAGGAAAAUCAGGUAUGAUGUCCACAGGAAGUUGGUUAACUUCAUGGCUCCUGUACACAACAUGUCCAUGUCUGAGGAGGGAUGCAAUGAACUAUUCAGCUCUUUGUUUGGGAAGAAAGAGAAGACCAGCAAAGCUGAGAGAUGAUACAUCACAACGACUCACUCUGGAGUAAAAACAACGUAUUGUAUUCAGCCAAAAAUCUGAUCAUACAAGUUACAGCUUCUGUUAAUAUUAGCUUUGCACUUCUUUACAUCAAUAAUAUCAUACCUGUAAACUUGUAUCACAACAGUUUUGUAUAUUACAUAGUAAUCAUAAUACUUGACCAUGAUAUGUACAUUCAGACAAAAAUAAAAUGUACAGCAUUUUAAGGUA